AUGUUUUCAGAAUCAGUGGAAUUGCGUAACGACGACUGGUGGUCGAUGAUUGUUAAUCCACAAAUCAGCGCAGCAGCGCAGUGGCAAACAGUUGCUGUCGUUGUGUGUGGUCAGUUAUCGUCUACAACGAUGGAACAUAUCGAUGAACGCACGAUGGCAACCUUCUGCCAACAGCAAAAAUCUACUGAUAACACAGAAAUCCUAUUCGGUAGCUGA